AGCCUGGCUUACUCCUCAAUCCUGCCUCCAGCAAUCUUUGUGGUGACUUUAAGCAGCAGUAGUUUUCUCCUAGGUUCAAAGGCAUCUCCUCCCCCUGCUGAAUCAUCCAAUUCCCGACGCAUGCUCUGUGCUCAAGGUCCAGCCAGGAGCCUCACUCUGCGGCACACACACACAGUCCUGGAAGGACCUGAGCAAGAGAGCAGGACUACAAAGCCAACCCAGACGUGCAACACUGCAUCUUGGACAUCACCAGGUAGGGACCUGAGAAGUCUGUCCACUUGCUGAGCAUUCUUCCACUAUGCAGUGUCUGAUGAAGUUCCGGGUCCUCUGGAGCAUCCACAAAUUCUUCCACACCUUUCGCCCUGCCCCUCCCCAGUUGCGCUGCCAGUCUCUCUCUAGGGUUAGAGCUCCAACGUGGAAUGAACACAAUGUACCAAAGGAAUUUAAUUUUGCAAGUGAUGUGGUAGACUACUGGGCUCAAAUGGAGAAGGAGGGCAAGCGAGGUCCAGAACCAGCUCUGUGGUGGAUAAAUACCCAAGGAGAUGAGGUGAAGUGGAACUUCAGAGAGUUGAGAGACCUAAGCUGUCGCGUGGCCAACAUCCUCACGCAGACCUGCGGCCUAAAGAAGGGGGACUAUCUGACCUUGAUUCUGCCUCGAGUGCCUGAGUGGUGGCUGGUGGCCAUCGGCUGCAUUCGAACAGGGAUUAUCUUCCUGCCUGGGACCACCCAGCUGAAGUCCAAGGACAUUCUCUACAGACUACGAAUGUCUAACUCCCAGGCCAUCGUGACCACAGAUACUCUUGCUCCAGAGGUAGACUCUGUGGCCUCAGAGUGCCCUGCUCUGAAAACCAAGCUCCUGGUCUCCGAGCACACCCUUAAUGGCUGGUUGGACCUCCGAUCACUGAUUAAAUCAGCAUCCCCAGAGCACACCUGUAUUAAGUCAAAGACUGAAGAUCCAAUGACCAUCUUCUUCACCAGUGGAACCACAGGUUUCCCCAAGAUGGCAAAACAUAGCCAAGGGCUUGCUUUGCGCUCCUACCUCCCCGCAUGCAGGAAAUUAAUGCAGCUGAAGACAUCUGAUAUCCUCUGGUGCGUGUCAGACCCGGGCUGGAUCCUGGCUGCCGUGGGGGGCCUGUUUGAGCCUUGGACAGCAGGAUCUACACUCUUCAUCCACCACUUGCCCCAGUUUGACCCCAAAAUCAUUAUAAAGGUGUUAUUCAAAUACCCCAUCACCUACUGCUUAGCUGCGCCAGGUGUAUAUAGAAUGAUUCUGCAGCAGAAAGAGGCCAACCUCAGGUUCCCCACCCUGAAGCACUGCUACACUGGCGGGGAGUCUCUGCUGGCUGAGGAAUUUGAGCAGUGGAAAAAACAUACGGGCACCCUGCUUCGUGAGAUCUACGGGCAGUCAGAAACAGGAAUUACUUGCGGUGUCCUCCAGGAAAUGAAGGUCAAGCCAGGCUCCUUGGGGAAGGCCAUCUCACCCUUUGACAUCCAGAUCAUCGACAACCAGGGCAACGUCCUGCCACCUAACACUGAAGGGAAUAUUGGAAUCAGGAUUAAGCCCACCAGGCCUGUGGGUCUCUUCAUGUACUAUGAGAAUAACCCAGAGAAGACAGCGGAAGUGGAAUGCGGGGACUUCUACAACUCGGGGGACAAAGCAACUAUUGACUCGGAGGGCUACAUCUGGUUCCUCGGGAGGAAUGACGAUGUCAUCAAUGCCUCUGGGUAUCGCAUCGGGCCUGUGGAGGUGGAGAACGCCUUGGCAGAGCACCCGGCGGUAGCCGAGUCAGCCGUAGUGAGCAGCCCGGACCCAGCGCGAGGCGAGGUAGUAAAAGCAUUUAUUGUUCUGAACCCACCGUACCGGUCCCAUGACCAAGACCAGCUCACCAAGGAGCUACAGCAGCACGUGAAGUCAGUGACAGCACCGUACAAGUACCCGCGGAAGGUGGAAUUUGUCCUAGAGUUGCCCAAAACAGUCACUGGCAAGAUCAAACGAAGCGAACUUCGGAAAAAGGAAUUUGCUCAGAGGCAAUCAGCAGUCAACCCAGGACCUCCAAAUCCCUGACUAUGGACAAAUUCCUGGCACCCUCAGUUUCCCUAGUAUGCAGGGGGUGUGAAGAGAUUGGCUUGGAAGGGACCUCAGAAGAGCUGUGGUCCCAAUACACUCCCCCUUUGAAGUGCCGCCCUGCCCUUCUCUGAAGUCCUGUUCUUUUGGAGGGCCCUGGUGGGUUCCUGGACUGAGGUUUCAGGUAAUAAAGUGGCCUGGGGUUGUGCAUCUAC